AUAUAUAUAGAACGUCAACUUUGCAAGUUGAUAGAAAUAAUAUAUAUAACUAGAGAUAAGCUUAAUUUUUCUUUGAUAACACAUAGUGACGUAUUAAUAAUGAGAUAAUGAAACGUGCAUGGUCCAUUAUCACUCAUCAUUACAGCAUACAGCAGGCAAAGCGUUGUGUUAGCACAAUGGCGAAUCCACUAAUUGCAGUAUGUCAAAUGCGAUCAAUAGCUGACAAAGUAAAAAAUCUGGAAGUUGUAACUGAAUUAGCAGCUGAGGCCAAACACAGAUCAGCUGUAAUGGCAUUCUUCCCCGAAGCUUGCGAUUACUUGGCAGAUAAUAAGAAGGAUAUUGUCGCUAUGGCUGAACCAUUAACUGGACAGACAGUGGCAUCUUAUAAAGAGAUUGCUGUUAAGAAUAACAUCUGGUUAUCCUUAGGUGGAAUUCAUGAGGCUUCAGAUAAUACAGAAAAGAUAUACAAUACACAUAUAUUGAUAAAUAAUGAGGGGCAAUUGGUAGCUGCGUACAGAAAAAUACACUUGUUUGACAUGGAUAAUAAGGAUACUGGAGUACGUUUGAUGGAAUCGGAUUAUGUAUUGAAAGGAACUCAAAUCGUGCCCCCUGUGCUUACACCAAUCGGAAAGCUCGCACUGAGCAUUUGCUAUGAUAUGCGGUUUCCCGAGUUAUCAUUAACUUUGCGGAACAUGGGAGCACAAAUUCUCACCUAUCCAUCAGCCUUCACUUAUCAAACAGGUGCGGCACAUUGGGAAGUGAUGUUGCGAGCACGAGCUAUAGAGAAUCAGUGUUAUGUCAUAGCCGCAGCACAAACUGGCGCGCACAAUAAAAAGAGAGUGAGCUGGGGUCAUACUAUGAUUGUAGAUCCUUGGGGCGCUGUUAUAGCACAAAGUGCAGAAAAGACGGGUAUUGCUGUGGCAGAAAUUGAUCUCGCAUUAUUGGAAAAAGUCAGAAAAAACAUGCCGUGCGAAGAACACCGUCGUACUGAUUUGUACUCUAAUAUGGAAUAUCGAAAGUCUAUUUAAUAUAAGCAAAAGAAUUUACUAAGUAAAUAAGCGAUUAGUGUAAUUAAUGGAUAUAUUAAUUUUGAUAGAUUUACAUUUAUAGGAACCCACAACACAAAUUUAGAAUAAAGUAGCAUUAUUGUUAUUAAUUUUA